AACAGCUUCGACUGCAUUUUCAAUCAAACGACGCUAACAAUACAGCCGGAUCAUUGUGCUGCUCUCUGCAGGCAGCGGAUUGUUCCCCCAUCGCCAUUUUCAGCCGUCAGACGGCUCGGUGUGUCAUAAUGGACACCGACUACUCGUCCGGCUUGGAAAACCCUCUGUACAGCGAGCUGAAAUACUUCUGUAGGAAGAUACAGGAGGCCUACAACGAGCUGAAGGAGGACUUGACACCUUACAGAGAUGAUCGCUUUUACAGACUGGCACCCAUGCGGCUCUACACCCUGUCCAAGAGACAUUUUGUCUUGGUCUUCGUGUUUUUCCUGAUCUGCUUUGGUCUCACAGUCUUCAUUGGGAUUGCAGGUCCUAGGAUUAUUACUGAGCAAGAGCACAAUGGCGAUCAGUUACUUCUCAAAAACUUCACAGUUAAGACUGGGCCCUUCAAGAUAGUAUCUCCUCCCCUCACCACCUACAACCAGCAGCUAUGGCUCACCUGUCUGAUCCAGGCUGAACACAGCAACAUGGGUGAUUUCCAGCAGCCCUUCGAGAUCAGUGUGGAACUAAAGGGAGUGAUGCAGGACGCCAGUGUGAUGCACAUCAACAAAGUGCAGCAGAAACCAAGAACUCUACACUGCGGGGCUAAAUGUGAUGAGAUCAUCGUGCUCCAUCUUGGUCAUCUGAACUACACCCAGUACCAGGUCAUGGUCAGCUUCAAAGGCCUUGAAAAUAUCACAUAUGAAAUCAAGGUCAAGUUUGUGUGGAAAACAUACAACCCCACCUUCUCGCAAGUGGAGAUCUGGUUCAGAUUUGUCUUUGUGGUGUUGACCUUCAUGGUGACGUGUAUGUUUGCACACUCUCUGAGGAAGUUUUCUAUGAGGGAUUGGGGCAUAGAACAAAAGUGGAUGUCCAUCCUGCUCCCUUUGCUGCUUCUCUACAAUGAUCCAUUUUUCCCACUGUCAUUCCUGGUGAACAGCUGGUUUCCAGGGAUGUUAGACGCUUUCUUCCAGGCUCUGUUCCUGUGUGCCCUGCUGCUCUUCUGGCUCUGUGUUUAUCAUGGCAUCAGGGUUCAGGGUGAGAGGAAAUGUCUUACAUUCUACCUGCCUAAGCUGAUCAUUGUGGGUCUUUUGUGGCUCUCAGCAGUUACACUGGGCAUAUGGCAAACGGUUAAUGAACUCCAAGACCCUACCUAUUUGUAUAAAGUGGACAUAGAAAACUUUCAGGGCAUGAAAAUCUUCUUCCUGAUUGUAGUUGCCCUCUACAUCCUCUACCUGAUCUUCCUGGUUGUCAGAGCUUGUUCUGAACUCAAGAACAUGCCUUACUCAGAUCUCCGGCUCAGGUUUUUGACAGCGCUGACAUUCGUGGUUCUUGUAAUAAGCAUGGUCAUUCUCUACCUGAGGUUUGGUGCCAAGGCUCUUCAAGACAACUUUGUUGCUGAACUGUCUACUCAUUAUCAAAACUCAGCUGAAUUCUUAUCAUUCUACGGUCUGCUCAACUUUUACCUGUACACAUUGGCGUUUGUGUAUUCCCCUUCCAAAAAUGCACUUUACGACUCCCAGUUGAAGGAUAAUCCUGCUUUCUCAAUGCUGAACGACUCAGAUGAUGAAGUAAUAUACGGGAGUGAUUAUGAAGACAUGCCUUUACAAAACGGACGUGCUAUCAAAGCAACCACCAAGUACCAGGAUGAGAGUGACAGCGACUGAUGGGAUUUCUGACCAGCUUGUACCUCUUGUGUGUCCCUGCUGGAAGCUAUGAGAGUACAAUACAACAAACUAUCAUGUGUAUGUGUAAAUAACUUGCAAUGGUAUUACAAAAAUGACAUACUGUAAGUGUACAUAACUAUAUUUUUAAGCAAAGUUCCAUGUCUACUGAAUGUACUGUACUUUUACUGAAAGUUGGGGCAUGUAGCCACUCAGACUUUUUCCUUCAUUGUUUAUUCUUUCAGUCUCAUUGAAAACAAAGGAAACAAACACAGGUGUAAAAGAGUACAAUUUUUACCAGUUUGUAAACUUUUUUCCUCGUGACCAGCAUUUCUUAACAACCUAUUAGUUAGAGAUGAUCGGGAGGAAUGCUAAUGUCCAUUUGGGAUUUUUUUUUGUUUUUUGUUGCAUCAAUGUUAUUUUUAAUGCUUUGCAUUGAACCACUGUUGUGUCUCUUUACCUGCGCUGUGUUGUUUUUGCCAUUCCUUUCUGCUCUCUGAUAGUCUGACAAUAAUGAGAAUAUGUAUCUGGCCAAAGCUGAUUAACAUUAUACUGGUAGUAGGAAGUAAAGGAAGCUACAUGCUGCAGCCUUAAGUGGACUCUGGUGGUUCACACUAUGGCUUGCAAGCACUGACAUGAGUGAUAAAUAGGGAAUUAAAGUGCCAUAGCAGUGUUGGCUGUCGACAAAUUCUCUUUGGCCUCAGACGUGUUUUAAAAAACUCCAGAGAGAGCCUUAGCUGGAGUAGGUGCCACUUAUCUCUGACCACUCCUCUUGACAAUUCUUCCCUUUGAGAGCAGCUUUGUAAUUGCACUUGUUUAAGAGUUUAAUUUAUUUCACUGGUAAGUGACGAUGUUUGAUAGUGUAUUAUCUGACGACAUGGAUGAAUGGAUUUUAAUGAACUGCAUGGAUUUUACACAACUUAAUGUAAAUGGACUACUGAUUUGUCACAUUUCUUCUCCCUGCACAUACAGUAAUUAUACCAUUGGCCAAAUAUGUUUUGCCUUAUGUAGAGCGUAUUAUUUUAAGUAGUUGUUUUUUUUCUUACGUAACUUUCCAUACCUUGCCUACAAUGUGAGACUUGCUGCCUUUUCCUUUGUUUUAUAAACCUGGAGUUAUGGACAAAAACAGCCAAACAAAUGUGUUUCUGUUCCUUACAAAUAAUAUCCUAACGUAUUCUAAUCAAGAUGGUGCCUUGUCUUCACGUUUCUUAUUACUGGGCUGCGGUCUCAAAUUUGUAAAUGCUUUGAGAUUAAUGUACAUUUUUGAUUCUUUCAGAGUGAAUGUAGUUUACGGUGGUUAAAUGAGGUUGUUGUGGGUCCUGAUAUGUUGGGAGUUCUUUGCAAUUUGUGUUGCUUAAUGAGAUAAAAGCUGUACAUGUAGCAUUCUUGUCAUGUCUCAUGUAAAUAAAGCAAAGUAUAUCCAGCA